CGCCUCCUCGCCGCCCGAGUCCGACAUGCCCUCGUCGCGCCGCGCCUCGCUCUCGGAGCACAGCAGCAGCGCCGCAGACGAGGUCGCUGCUGCACAGCUGCCCGUGUCGGCACGCACGGAAGAUGAUGUGGAGCGCGAUGCGCACCUGGAGAAUGAGAAGACGCGGCAGGAGAAGGACGUGAUCUGGGUCGAGUGGGAAGAGAACGACCCGGAGAACCCAUUCAACUUCUCAAAUCGGCGGAAAUGGUGGACCACGUUCCUCGCCACCUUUUUUACCGCCGAGGUGGCCGCGACGGCCAGCGCCUACGUGCCGGGCAUCCCCAGCAUGGAGGCCGAGCUGGGAAACAGCCACAUCAUCUCGCUGCUCGGCAUCAGCAUCUACGCCUUUGGCUUCUCGCUGCCGCCCAUGGUGCUCGCACCGCUCUCUGAGGUGUUCGGACGCAACACCAUCUACAUUGUCUCACAUCUGCUCUACACGGUUCUCUUCGUGGCUCUCGGCCGCGCGCCUAACAUCGCGACAGUCAUCGUGAUUCGCUUCCUGUCUGGCGCAUUCGGCAGCACCGGAAGCACUAUGGUCGGCGGCUCGCUUGCUGACAUCUGGCAGUCCCACGAGCGUGGCCUGCCGAUGGCCCUCUUCGCCACGGCCGCCAUCUUCGGCACGGGUGUCGGGCCCGUCUGGGCCGGCUGGGUGGAGCAGAAUCCAAACCUCGGCUGGCGCUGGAUCCAGUAUCUGCAGGCGAUCUACACUGGUGCCUUCUUCUUCGUGCUCCUCUUCGGCCUCAAGGAGACUCGCGGCAGCGUGCUGCUGACCAGACGGGCAAAGCGGCUGCGGAAAGAGACUGGCGACCAGCGCUACCGUGCUCGCGCCGAGGCAGAGCGCGCAUCGGUCGCUGUGCUAGUGACGCACAGCCUGACGCGGCCGAUCAAGAUGCUCUUCACGGAGCCCAUCGUCACGGCCUUCUCGCUCUGGGUGGCCUUCCUCUGGGGCUUCAUGUACAUGCUCCUCGAGUCGAUCGGCCUCGUCACUCAGCUGCACAACUUCACGCCGGGUCAGACCGGCCUCGUCUUCCUGUCCAUCUGCGGCGCUGCCAUACUCGGCAACGCGCUGAAUCCGCUGCAGGAGUACAUGUACAAGAAGCACGUCGGCAAGCGCGGGCCCGAGGCUCGCCUGUACAGUGCCUGUGCCGCGGCCCCGCUCUUCCCGAUCGGCGCCUUCAUCUACGGCUGGACGGCCUACUCGCACGUCUCGAUUGCCGGGCCCGUCGUCGGCAUCACUCUGCUCAUGACGAGCGUGUAUCAGGUGUACCUGAGCUGCUUCCUCUACCUCUCCGACUCCUACGGUCCAUACGCCUCGUCAGCCCUCGCUGCGCAGUCGUUCGCGCGGAAUCUGGCCGGCACGGCCUUCCCGCUGUUCUGCGAGCAGAUGUACCACCGGCUAGGCUACCAGUGGGCCUCGACGCUCGCCGGCCUGCUCGGCGCCGUGCUCGGCAUCGCGCCCUUUGUGCUCUUCUUCAAGGGACCGCAGAUUCGCGCACGGUCGAAGCUGUCAGUCGAGCUGGCCAGGCUAGGCCUGCUGUAGCAGAGCGCCUCGUCGUUCAUCUCAUGUAUUAUAGAGCAUCCGGGCCGU